CAGUUCGGGGCCGGUUCGGGUUCUAUCGGGAUCGGAUCGGGGUUAGUAAAUCUUCAAAGAACCGGUACAACCCGAUGUACUUCCGGGUUUUGGGUUCCAACCGGUUAUUCGGUUUUAAAGUACUUGAUUUAUACCCAUUUUGUAACCAAUACAUAAGUAAAAUCGGUUCUUCGGGUUUAAAGUACUUGGAUUUGUACCUAUUUUGUAACCAAAACAUAAGUAAAAUCGAUUCAAAAAUAAGAAAAAAACAUCAAACAUGAUCAUUCAAAGUCAAACGAAAGGUAAACAUUGUUAUUGAUAGAAAGAAAACAAAUAAAUGAAAUUAUAAAACGAAAAAUUAAGUUCUCAUGAAAUGAAAAAAAUUAUUCAAUGAAAAUAAAACUAAAAUCUAAAAAUUUCAAGUCUCAACCGCUUCUUUCAACCAUCAAUCUUCAUGUAGUAGAUAGUUAUUGUAGAUGUUUAAUAAUAUCUUAGUGUACUUUGGCUACAUAUCAGGAAUUGAGAUCAUGUUUGGUACAAGUUUUUUUUUGAUAUUUUGAAUGUUUCGGGUUAUAUCGGAUAUCCAUUUAAUUCCGGGUUCGGUUCGGAUAAUACCCGUUAUCCGAAAUACCAUAAAACAAGAUCUAUUCGGUAUUUAUGUCGGGUUCGGAUCGGUUCGGAUUCAUUUUUAUUGGAUCGGGUUCGGUUUAUUUGCCCAGCCCUAGUUCAUAUGAUAACUUCCAUAUUUAGUGACUAAUAAGGACUUUACUCUGGAUUGCCCCAGUAACUCAUAUCUUCAUUCUAUUUUAUCCCACCAAUUAAAAACAAUAUAAUUUUUAAUAUAUUUUAAUUAGAAACGUGGUGAAAAUCGAAAUUGCCCUUAAUGAAACCAAGUAUUUACAGGAUCCAACCUAAACUAUUUGACUCGACCCACUAUUAGCCGGAUCCUUAACCAGAUCCGCGCGUUCCUUUCCCUUUUCUCUUCCUUUGUCGUCUCUCACUCUCUUCUAAACCUUCUAAACCUGAAAAUUGAAAAAAAAAUCCUAGAACCGACGAAAACGAUGAAGCUCACCGCAUUGACUGCUUCCUUCACUGCUUCUUCGCUGAUCUUCCCUUAGUCCCUUGUGCCUUUCCUUGUUACUCUGAUUUCAUCAUUUCCCCAAAAUCAGUCUGUAACCCUAGAUUUGACGAAAUCAAUUGAAAAAAUUGAUCGAAUCAACUGUUCCUGCGGCGUAUUCUAUUCUCCCGCUCCUUCUGUCGGCGGCGCAAUCGACGGAACCCUAGACUUCAUCUCCCAUCUCCUGUUUUCGUUCUCGUCUCUUCCGUGUAAAAGGGGAUCAAGAUAUUGAGAGGCUAUAGAUAAUGGCAGGCCGAGGUCGAGGGAGAAAAAAAUCUCAGCAGAAAAAGUCCACAAAAAGAAACAGUGCUCCUGUAGAAGAGCAGCAUGUAGAAGAACUUUCAACAGAGAAUGAAAGUGAUGAUCUGUCAGCACACGGAAUUGAGUCUGAUAAUCAGGGAACCGAUAAUCAAUCUGCAUCAUCUCAGGUAAAUUAUUCCCAAAUGCUAAUAAACAGACUAGUAAGAAAAAAAUGCUAAUAUAAUUUUUAUUUGGUUUACAGGAGUGCCAACCACUGCCGCCUGAUGAGCUAUGUUUCAAGAACACCGAGUUCACCCAGACGUGUAAGAUACAGAGCAAGUGUUAUGUGACCGAGACGGUGAAGUUUUUGAAGAAGGCUAGGUUUAAGCCUGAGCUCGAGUGGUUUGAAAACCACCCUCAGUUUUGCCAUUUUUUUCACAUGCCCGAUGAACCAAACUUGAAGCUGCAGGGUAUGUGGAUGCUUCUACUGCGCACUGUUCCUUUACAUGAGCCAGAGGACACAUCUUGGUUUGCUGUUAAUGGAGUGCCCAUUCGGUAUUCAAUGAGAGAGCAUGCUCUCAUCUCGGGAUUGGACUGCCAUGACUACCCGACUAAGUAUAAGAAGAUUGGAAGCUUUGCGUUUGUAGACAGACAUUUCAAAUCACAUAAGGAGAUCACUAUGCUAUCUGUGAGAGAGAAGUUGUUGAGUAUGAGUGCGUGUGGGGAUCGACUCAAAAUGGCAGUGCUUUACUUCUUAGGCAUGAUUAUCAGAGCGAGGGGAAGGUAUAAUGCCCCGUUCGACCCUUUCGUAUUAAGAAUCGUCAACGAUGUGGAGGUUUGUAAAACCUUUCCUUGGGGUCGGUUGACGUUUGAAGAUGCUCUCCGGUCCAUCACUCACGUGAUGAAGCAUCUGAAAGGGAAACCUAAGAAUAAUGUCAACUUUCCCGGGUUCAUAAUUCCUUUGGAGGUAAAUUUGAUUUAUCCUUAUGAUUUUUUUUUUUCGAGUGUAUUUUUUUUCUUAUGAUUUUUUUUUCUUUUGACAAUCAGAUCCUGGCAUUUGAGUGUAUUCCAGCUCUGAAAGCACGAUUUAGAGAAGGUGUAGAAGGCUGUAUGAGUAAGUGUCCGAGGAUGUGUAAAAAGUGGUUCCAAAGUAACAGCAUGAAGGGUUAUCCUCUUGAGGAUUUGUACGACACACUAGGAGAAAUUAAGGUUAUUGAAAGUGUUCUUGUUCCUACUGUUGAUGAGGAACCUCUCAUGGCACGCUUAAUGGAUGGGGAGCCAGACUAUGAAAAUGAAGAAGGCGUGAGUAAUUUGUGGAGCACGUGGUUGACUGUUAAGGAGAAGCCUAUCUUUUGGCAAGAACUCUAUGAGUUAGAUGUGGCUGCAAGGGAGUUUCCUCAGAAGAAAGACAAAAGGAAAGUGCAUGAAGAAGCAUCCUCCUCUAAUACAAGUUUGGAGGACGUUUUGAAAGGGUUUGAAGAGAGGUUGAUGAUAAGUUUGAGUGAAGUGAAUGGGAAGGUGGAAAAAAUGAACAAGAGGCUUGGGAAGAUUGAACGUUGCCAAGUUGUUUUAAAAAAGAGGUGUAAAAGGAUGAAGGCAAUGGAGAAGAAGCUUGAGAAGAUUGAAGAUUGCCAAUAUUAUUUAAAAAAGAAGGCCAAGAAGGCGGAGAAAGAAAUGAAGGAAAUGAAAGAGAAGGAGGAGGAUAAGGAGAACAAUGACGGUUUCGACUAUCAUCAAGGCAUGGAUUAUGACUGGGGUGGACAGCGGAAUGACAGCAAUGGAGCGGAUGCAACAACCAAAGAACCUGAAGAUGCAGAUAUGGUUGAAAAUACAGAGGUGGUAGAAGAGAAAGAGAGUGAAGAAGACGCUCAGAAAGACGAUAGAGGUUCUGAGGAAGAGACAGAACCUGAACCUGAAGCAGAAGCAGAAGCUGAAGAAGACAAAGAAAAAGAGGAUGAGGAAGAGAGUGAAGAAGAGGCUCCGAAGGAACCUGAUGAGGUUCAAGAUGAGGUUGAGAUGAAUGAAGCCAAUGAGAUUGAAGAAGAGGUUGAAACAGAGGCUCGGGUUGAAGUUGAAACCGAGAAAACUCCUACACCACCACGUGGUAGGACUAAGGCAGCAGCCGCGAGGAGACAAAUCCUAACAACACCAGAGAAGUUGUUCGGAAAGGCUGAAAAAAUGGUGGAGGAAGAGGUGAAAGAACCUGAGGAAGAGGGUGAAAAAAUGGUGGAGGAAGAGGUGAAAGAAGCUGAGGAAGAUGGUGAAAAAAUGGUGGAGGAAGAGGUGGAAGAACCUGAGGAAGAGGGUGAAAAAAUGGUGGAGGAAGAAGUGGUAGAACCUGAGGAAGAGGCUGGAAAAAUGGUGGAGGAAGAGGUGGAAGAACCUGAGGAAGAGGCUGGAAAAAUGGUUGUCUACGAAGGCAGUACUUGUGAAACGAAGGAAGCUGACAAGGGAGCAGCCAAACCUUCUGGAACUGGGGUCAAGCAUAGGCCAAAACAAAUGGCAUUGAGGAAGCACGCUACUAAGCAGGCUCCUAAGCCGAGGGGUAGACCGAGAAAGGAUACUGAACCAAAGAAGUUCACAACGCCAGAACAGACAAAAAGGAUACGUUCACGUUCACAGUGGGUUUCCACUCCUUUCACUGAAGCUAACACUGAUGAGAUUGAAGGGCGCAAGAAGAAGCCUAGAACAAAGGCGUAGAAGACAAGAAGCUUAAAAUAUUUUGGGUGUUAAGUAUUUAUCUCGGAUUUGUUGUGAACUUAUGUAAGAAGUUAUGUUUUGUUGCUUGCUGGUCUGUAAAACUUGAAUGAUAUCUCUUAUGUAGGAUGCUCUGUGUUGUGUGAUUGUCUUGCAGCAGGUUUGGCCCAAUUGAGGACAAAACGAUCUAAGUCUUAAGAAAACACAUUUGUACUACUAGGUUUAUUAUGUAUUACUAAGACAAACAAAAUUUGUCAACAAUAAGAAAAAAAAAUAUAAGAAAAAAAAAUGGCACAUG